UGGCAACGCUGCAGAAGAGUGAGAGGAUCAUAGAGGCACACUGCUGCCUGUAAUAUUCCUAUUUUUAUGGUAGUGUCUAGCUGCAGGUAAUAUAACCCUAGAUCAAACUACCUCUAGCAAAAUAUAUGGAGGAAGAGAUGUUGACAGACAUAUCUUAAAUAUAGGGUUUGGGUAGGCUAAUAGAGUCAGGGUUUAGGCCAUCCCCCCAAUCUUAAAAACCAACAAAUCCACGAAUGGUUAUAACACAGUUUUAAGUACGUGGUUUAAGUCAGGCUCAAACCACUCUAUCUAGCACUAGUGGUUGGCUUUUAAAUAAUCACAAUAACGUGCUACUUUACACCCUGCGAUUUGUAGUUUCACUGAGAUUUCUUCCAGCCGUCAGAUUAGAUUACAUUAGCCACUCCUCCGUUAGCAUACGGAUGCUGGAUAUGAGCGCUAACAGUUAGCUAGCGUUUUCGCAUUUUGGAAAGAUGGCUGGGGACUUUCAGGGCUUCGCGCUGGAGAACGCCGAACUGCUGUCCAGCCGUUUGAAGGAAGUCCUGUCUUCGGGGCAAGGAUACGUUCGGGCUCAGUUCGGGGUGGAUUUGGGUCUGAAGCCCGAGCUGUACCCGACCUGGGUCAUCCUGUCCACGGCCGCGGUGGGUCUGCUGCUGCUGCUCGGUCUGUCAUGGGCCGCGGUCUGUGGCGGUCUGCUGGUCGGGAAAAAGCGGGGAUCCCCGGUCACCCAAGGCAGCUGCGAGCCUGACAAGGCCAGCCUAGCCAAAACUGCCAAGCCAGAGGAGCAAAAGAAGAAGAACAAGAAGAAAACGAUUGAAAAGACUCAGUCCAAUGGACAGCCGGUUGCCGUCGCUCAGGUGGAAGUUAAAGUGACUGAGGCGGUUUCCAAGCAAGCCCCGCAGAUCAAAACUGAGAAGGUGCACGAGGUGCAGGCCCCGGUGCAGGUGAAGAAGAAUAAAAAGAAAGCCAAGACAGACGUGAAACCGGUCCAGAAGGUUUCUACAACUGAUGGGAAGGAACCUGAUGAUGGUGCGUGGGAGACCAAAGUCAGCAACCGAGAGAAGAAGCAGCAGCGCAGGAAGGACAAGGGCCCAGAGGACUCUGGGGGCCCAGGAGGGGUGGAGACUCCAAAGCCCAACAUGGAGGCACCUGUGACCAAUACCAAGAAGAACAGAGGAAACAAUGAGUCCCUGCAUUCAAGAACCACUGGAAAGGGGGAUGCGGCCAGUGGAACUGUGUCCUCCACCUGGAGGGAGGAGCCUUCAGUCAAUGGUGGAGGCUGGACUGACAUCUCCAUGAAGAUACCGGUGCCGACUGAGGGAACCAGAUGGAGUAACGUCCACACGGCUGCACAUUACAGACCCCCACCUAAGCGUCAGUCCUGGGCACCAGAGCAACAAGCAGCGUGGGGUGGGAUGAAGACCGAUCUCAACCCUGUGUCCUACUCCGUGCUGGGCCGAAACGCCACAGACCCGAUAGCAAAUUCAAUGGAGCUGCAGUGGACGAACCCCCCUGUUGCUGAUGAUGACUGGUCUGGAGUUAAUGGGAUGGCAGCAGCGGAUCCCAGCUCCGACUGGAACGCCCCAACAGUUUACUGGGGAAACUACGAAGAGCCCCCCGUUUCGGUGAAGCCGGCGCCUCCACCGAAGGAACAGUCUGUCCCCAGCAAGGUUUCUGAGGAUGACAAGGAUGCUGAGGAUCCCUCCGGGGGAGCAGCCAAAUCCAAGAAGAAGAGGAAAAAGAAGAAGAAAAGUGAGGAGGAGGCUGCAUCUGAGGCUCAGACGGCGAACGCAGCGCCUCAAGAGCUUCCUGUGCCAGCCUCCAAAAAGCAGAUUCCCAACUUAUCUUCCUCUCAGAAGAAGCCUGAGCAGAUCGUGGAGCCUCCGAAGCCCUCCCAGAAGAAAAAGGUCCGAAGGGAAACAUGAAGUCGCAUCACAGGUCCACGCAAAGCUUAUGCAAAUGAUUGUUAAAUGUGUCACACGCAAUAAUCACCAGGUACAGGAGUGUCUUUUCAGAGAUGCAGCAACGGUUUAUCAGUCACAGAAACAAACAAAAAAAAGAAAACAAGCAGCAGAUAUCACCUGCUUGGCAAAAUACAGUGAUGAAAUGUGGUCCUAUGGACUGAAAAUCUUAAAACUAAUUUGCACUAUUUGCUACACUGCAGCCAGAGUGGAGUUUCAGGGGGAGGCGAGCUUGCAGUGGAGGUACAUGUUCAUGUAAUUAUUUUCUAUGGCAUCAAAAGUGUUUCAUUUUAUUUCCUUUCCGAGAGUGUAUGUUUAUAACCGUCAACCCAAAAAUACAAAACAGAAUUUAUUUUUUUCAUUUUUUGUCAUGCAAACAUUUCAGUUACAACAGACGGCUAACCUUUUGGCUUCCCAGAGUAUUGCACUUUUGUUUUGUUUGCCGCGCUGCUGCCCCGUCACCAAUUAGUGAAAUGUGUGGGCGCGAGCUGCAUGUGAGAGCAGGUCUCAGAUCAGCAUGGGUUCAGGUCUGUCUCAGUACAACACACUGUAUGUACAUUGUAAGGACCAAGGACCACUGUAAUCAUCUCAUCUCUCUAUACUGGCCAUGAAGUGAUUGCCCCAUGAGUAAGUACAUGUAAUAUAUACAAGUGCUAGCAAAAUAAUUCAUUUUCCUCAAUAUGGCAAUUUAAAGCUAAAGCCAAUUCCAUGGUUAUCUUCCAAAACAAGACUUUUUGUAAUACACAAACCCCUCUUUGUUUUUCCUAAGACCUUGAAUUGUUUCUGAGGUGUGAGGGAUGUGACCUCGGAGUUACAUCCGGGUAACCUGACCGUUAGUUAGAGCAGAACAAUUAGCAAAUGUAUAUUGUUUUGUCAGAUAUUUCAUUUCUUUUAUGAGUUUCGAUUUAAGUGCAACAGGUAACUCUGCAUUGCAUUUGCACUCUAAUAUAAAAACGAUUAUGAUGUGGUCUCUACUAAACAAGCAUGCUCCCUCACGUCUGGAGAAUCUGAUUUUUUUUUAAGGCCUGGCAUCUCUGUUUUACCUUCAACAAAAUACUGAAGGCUCUACAAUGUGGAUACUGCACUUUGCGAUUUCGAUUUGAUCAACUGUGAUUAAUUUGAUUAAUUCAGCGUAACAGUAAAUGCACGCUUAACUGUCUGGACAAACGAACCCAGUUGAUUAAACUGUUUUAAUUUAAGAUGAAAAGAAGCAUUUCUCACCCCAUUUCUGGCAGUAUAGUUGCUCUAGGCCAUUGUUGACUGCAGAGAUCUUUACAGUGAUUAAUAACCCUUUCAGUGCACAGAUUACAUGCAAGUGUUGUGCUAAGAUGGGUUUGCCUAUUCUUUAAAGUGAGAUUUUCCAAAAAUCUAUUUUCUCUCUCCUUUACAAAGAUCGGCGGCUGUGGUCGGGUUGAAUUCAGUGUUCUGUACAUUGUUAGAAAGUCUAACCGCAGGCCGCCCCUGCAGGGUAAUACACCUCUUCACUGCACAUCCCUGUGAUAGUAUGUUCCUUGUAUUUAUAGUCAUGCUAAAAUAUGGUUAAAUACUAACACAAAAUCCGCCUGAGCUUCAGAGCUGACGCACUGAAGAGGUGUAUUUAGCCAGAUUUUUUUUUAAGAACUGUCCCCUCUUCUCUUUUCUGAGUUUGUUUCCUUUCUCCCUCGAGGAGCAUUUCAUGAACAUGGCGUGCUGUGAUCGAUUUCCAGGGCGAAAAGAGACGAGGAGACACAAAAUAGAGAAACGAGAAGAGCCCUGUGACAACUCGCAGCACAUUGACAGCUGAAACGUUGUUGUUAGCAAAUAAAUUAUGGAUCAAAACAUAUUUUUUUUCAAAUAGGAUGUUUAAUUUGAAAUGUGGUCCCGGACUCGCACUAGGGACUGUAAACAGUUAUGUGGAGAGCGUAGUAACUGGUAUAAACCACCAGGAGGCACUGUAAUGUGAAGUAAAGUAGUGGGCUUAUCCCAUAAAGCAGUAGCACUGUUGACUGUGUCUUUCUCUGAAAUAGACGUGCGUUGAUUUUUUUUCUAGAGACUUGAUUGUUCCUUCUGCACUCUGUAUGAUUUUUAAAAAAAAAACAAAAAAAAACAUUUCUCUUCCAGUUUUUCUGUGCUCGAAAAAGCCAUGCCAUAUGUACAGAUUGUAAGGGCUUUUUCCAGGUUUUCGAUUGCGAUGUGCAAAAAAAGCUGUAUUGAGUUCCUUUUUGAUGUCGAUGGAUUGUUUUUUACUACCUUUUUGCGGAAUGUGAAAUGUGUAACUCUUUCUCUUUGGUUUGUUACCUGACUUCCAGGAUGUAUGAUGGAGGAGUUUGUUUUUGUUUUAUUUUUGUUUGUUUUUUUUUGACAAAUUGAGAAUGAAGACAUACAUAGACAUAUGAUAUGGAGCAGCUUUAAUUCCACAUCUAGGUUGGUUUUAAACAGGACACACACACAACUGAUGACACAUUUAUACAAGGAAUUUAUUUCCAUUGCCUUAACCUGUAGGUGUGUAGAAAGUGCAUUGGCAUCCUUUUUUACAGUUUCCAUCCAAUUGCAAGUGUUGAUGUCAGGAAUUAAUUUCAUCUUGCAUGACUUUGAUAAUAGUACUUGUGUACAUGAACUUAAAAAGAAUGAUCUCUUUGCUUUAACUGUUAGUACUCAGUCCUGGAGUACCACUUGGUGUAUAUACUGUAAUAGCUUUUUUUUUUUUUUUUUAACAAGACAAGUUGCAGCUUUUUUCUGUGGGCAUCCAAUUCAGCGGACAUUAACAGGAGUCUGCUGGUAGGCAAAGAGUCUUAGCGCUUCAAGGUGUUGAUCGACUGGUGUCAGUAGACCUGAUAGAACAAAACGAGAUGUCGCUGUGGCUUCAGGCGCCCGCUUUUUUUUGUUGGGGGGGGUUAAUUUUUACUGAUGAUUAAGAUGGAAUCAAUCAAUGUAUUUAUAUACUUCUCUCUAGAACAUGAUUUGUGAUUAAACAAAAUGUGAAUGGUUUUGUUUAAUGAGAGGAUACAAAUGAUAUUUCUAUGUUUUGUUUGGUAAAAAUGAACAAUAAAUGAGAACUGCUUGAUAUAUUGUCA